GCAGAAUAAUUGCGUCAUUUGGGCUGCGUUCUCUUCAAUCUGCAUGGCUACAGAGCAGUUAGCUAGCUAAUUCAGCACGUUUUGUUACUAUACUUGGUGGAUGUUUAAUUAGUUUACAAUAAUUAUCGGAAUGGCGGACGCAAUACAAAAGAAGCUACAGUCCGAGUUGGAAAAAUACCAACAGAUCCAAAAAGAUGUCAGUAAAAGCAUGUCAGCCCGACAGAAGCUUGAGGCACAGCUUACUGAGAAUAACAUAGUCAAAGAGGAGCUAGACUUGUUGGACAGCCAGAAUACAGUUUACAAGUUAAUUGGACCUGUCCUGGUAAAACAAGAUUUAGAUGAAGCAAAGGCAACAGUGGGCAAGAGGCUUGAGUACAUUAAUGGAGAAAUCAAACGAUACGAGACAUUAUUGAAGGAGAUGGAGCGAAAGUCUGAACAGCAUCGGGAGGUCCUUACUAGCCUGCAGCAAGAGUUCCAACGUGCUCAGGGCCUUCCUGCUGGCAAAGCCUAAUUUGUGAAUGGAUUAUAAAUAAACCCCAUUAUUUAACCAUC